UUUGUUGCUAAUUUAUCAUAGGAGGAGGAGGGAGAGAGGACGUUUGUAAGUGUCAGCGCAGUUGUCGGCGGCGCGUCCAUAUAUUAUUUACAAAUCCAAGAAAGAAAGGAAAAUACUUGUAAACAUGAGCGCGCCGCGUUCGCGUCGUGUACAAGCGCAGCGAAAGUUUGCACAGGGCGCUUAUGUACCUCCAAAUGCAGCAGCGGUGGCAGCCGUUGACCACAGACGCGAUGCCGCUCAGGACGCGCGAAAUGUCACAAUCAAUAACAUGACCGCAACGAGUCUAUUAGAUGUGGUCUCACUCCAGGGUCUUCAUACACACUUGCAACCUGUAGUGGUUGUGGAGAGGCUCCGUGAAACAAAUCCCUGCAAAGACGUGACGCGCCAAGAAAAGGAAAUUACCCCACCGACACUCCAGACAAAUGGCGACACUACUGAUAAGUCGCUUGUUUCUGAAAUAUUCACAAAGCCGCAUGAAUUUCUUAUGGACGAUGCUGAUGAUGCCUUCUCUGGGGACAAUGAAUCCAAUGCAGAUAUGCAACUAAGGUUUGAAGAAAGCCCUAUAAGCAUUGAGUCUGGUCCUGAGGAUGUAGAUUUUGAUAAUGAUGACACAGUAAAAUGCUGCACAAAUGGCAAUACAGUUAAAGUUAAUAAUGAAACUAGUCCUCGUGUAGAUGAACCUACUUUAAUAAAUUUGAUUAAAUCUGAAACGAAUGACAAAAGACUUCAGCCUAAUGAAAAACAUAAUUCAAACAAAGAAGUCGCUGCGGAUGGCAAAGAGUCUUCCUGUACGGGAAAAGAGUCUAGCGGAAAGAAUAAAGAACUAUUUAAGGAACAUAGUACUAAAAGUAAAAAUAAUACAAAAGGAAAAGUUAGCAUUAAAGGCAAAGUCAUUAGUAAAAGCAAAGACAAUACUAAGUGUAAAGUCAAUAAAGGCAAAGGAUCCAGUGCUAAAGGUAACGGCGUCAGCAAGGGAUCUAGGAAUAAGGCAAAACAGCCACGUAUUAAUGACGAAAAUUCAUUAGCUUCUGUCCUGAGGUCAUUGCAAAAGGCGGCAGAUAAAAAUGCGCAAAAAACACAUAUUAUGUCUUUGCGCAAACGACGUUUAAGUAACGGUAGGCUCUGCGCAACUACUGCUAGAAAGAUACACACAUUAAGAGGUAAAAACGUAACUUCAAAUAAAAAGAAAACUGAAUCUUCUAAACCACACUCAUCGUCAGAAUUCUCAGUCGAUGAUAAUCGACCAUUGACGUAUUACGCUCAGAAUAACAAGGCGAAUAAGAAAUCACCAAAGAAACGAAACCAUUAUUUUGAUAGUUGUUUUUAUGGUCCUGUUUUAGAAGCAUUACUUCCUGGCCCGAGUAGUACUAAGAAGAUUAUAUUAGAACCGUAUGUUCCACCCCCUUCUGGUUCACUAAUACCGAAACGGUUACAAAACCAAUCAGCAGAACCUGUUGCUGGACCAAGUGGGUUACAGCGGACGUUAGAGCCCGUGGCGGGACCUAGUGGGUUACAAAGGCAUUCGACAGAGCCUGGACCUAGUGGACUGCAAAGAAAAACGUUCGAGCCUGUAGCGGGUUCUAGUGCGCUACAAAGGUUAGCAUCGGAACCAGUAGUAGGGCCCAGUGGGUUACAAAGGUUAACGUUGGAACCAGUGGCGGGACCCAGUGGUUUACAAAGAAUGAAACCAGCCCCUGUGGCGGGACCCAGUGGGUUACAAAGGUUAACCUCAGAACCAGUUGCGGGACCUAGUGGUAUACAUAAGAGAGUAUUACGGAAUCCUCGAAUUUCCAGGGGCCAGAGCGUCGAGCAACAAGACAUACAAAUUUUAGCAGGCCUUUCUGUACUUCCUUGCGUCGCUGCUAAGUGGGGUACUGUGCAACAAGUCAUUAAUGCAACUAAGGAAGAAAUGGACACUCGCUGUGCCACAUGUGUUGCGUGUUUAAGAAUAGAUAAACUAAUAAAAUUAUCGAAACUACUUCAUCGAUUAGAUUUAACUGGAACAAAUAAUCAAGCGACCGCAGAAUCUGAGCCAGAAAAUGAUGAUGAGUAUGAUAAUGAACCGAAGUCCCCAGAAGAAGACACUGGACACGUAUAUCUCGACCUGUUUCCGAAACAUCCGCGUCUCAUGAUGAAACUCCGAAUACACGAGGUCCACGGAAAACAACUUUUGUCGGCUUGCCUAAUUCCUAAGAAUGACGCACGUAAAAAUAAUGAGGAUUUCUUGCUUGAAGAGAAGGAGCACUUAUUAGACCAACUAAUAAAUACACUAACUAUCAGUUUACCUGGUGAAAUUUUAAAUUUUGAUCAAGCUCAGAUAGAUGAUGCACCUCACUCUGUUGAAAGAGUUCAGGGCAUAUUGUCCAGACCGGACCGUGUAAAUGAGCCUGGACGUGCACAUCCUGUUGAGGUACACCGUAACGUUCAGGUACCCCAAGCUAACGUUCAGGUGCCUCGAGCUGCGGUUCAGAGUCAGGUUGUUGAGCGCCACAUGCUGAAUAAUGUGUACGAAGAAGGCGACGACGCCGACAAUGACGCCAAUUCCGACGAUGAUGAAGAGGAUGAUGACUACGACCGCAGGGAAAGAGAUGAACGGAUUAGUGCUGAAGACUUGAACGAAUCUAGUGCGGAUGCUAUCCUACAGAUGCAUCCUGUAGGUGGCGUUUUGCAAGAAGGUCCAGUAUUUAGACCCACGAAAGAAGAGUUCAAAAAUCCUAUGGAGUAUUUUAUGAAGAUUUGGGACCAAGCAUAUGAAUUCGGUAUCUGUAAAAUAAUUCCACCUCCAGGAUGGAAGCCGAAAUGUCAGAGUUGUGAAGGAAUAAGAUUUGAUGUUGCAAAGCAAUACAUUUCACGUAUGUUCAACCGAUGGGGCACAGCCAUGAGAGAGUUGGCUUGCAUAAAGUUUUGUGCAUCGCGUGCAAAUGGAAUUCCUUGUCGCACACCGAUGGUUAGGGGUAUGGAAAUUAAUAUGCCGAAGUUAUACCAUCUCGUGCAACGACACGGGGGACUGGAACUUGUACUCAAUAAGAAACGUUGGCUGAGAGUUGGACGCGACAUGAAUUUCCCUAGGAAUGUAAGCUUUCUGAGGAGACUGGACCAACUUUAUGUGAAGUACCUUCUACCCUAUGAUUCUCUUGCGCCAAACGAACGACGGGAGCUCUUUGGGAUUGUCGAAAAGGCGUGGUCUAAGAAAAAUCAGAGGCUGUUGGACCGCGCACUGAACCCUUUGCGCGCACAGAGACGUAUGUUGGGGUUAACUGAUACUGAAGAAGAACCAGAAGAACAGUCUCCUGCAAUGGCUGUUGUCAAAGAAGCAGAAGAUUGCAUUGUGCGAGGCCCAAUCAUGAACUACACUAGAUUUAAAGAGAUCAGCGAGUAUGCAUAUAAUAUAGUUUAUGGUUAUUCGCGAGAGAAUAAUCCUAUGAGUCUAGAAGAAAAAGAAGAGUUGUACUGGCGCUACGUAGUUCAAGGCAACGAGCACAUAUGUGUCCACACUGCUGCUAUUGAUACUGGCUCGGACCCAUCACGAGGAAGUAGCCGUACCUUAACCUUGAAGGAUAUUAGCCAGAAUAAAGAAAACGUUCUCCGUUUUUUGGGUGCCGUAUCCGGCUUAACAGCACCCACUUUGAACCUAGGGAUGGCUUUCUCAACAAACUGCUUUUACAUGGACCCCCACACUCUGCCGUGGUUGGAUAUGUUAUAUAAAGGGGAUCCAAGGAUCUGGUAUGCGAUUCCAUCCAAACAAACUGAUAACUUCAGAAAGGCAGUUAACACUCUCUGUCCUUCUUUUUGUCAAAAAAAAUCUUUGUGGCUCUCAACGGAUAUAGCUAUGAUACCGCCACAGCUUCUGCGAGAAUACAAUGUGUCGGUCACUCGCGUCGUACAAGAAGAUAACGAGAUAAUAUUGGCCUUUCCACACUGCUACACGUCUUCCAUAAACACGGGCUAUUCUGAAUCAGAGAGCAUUUAUUUCGCACCAGUUACUUGGCUGCACACCGUCUAUGAAGUAUUUAAGGAGGCUCGUGAAAGUUGUGAACCUACAAUGUUUUCGCUUGAAGAACUGCUAUUGCGAAUAGGCAAAGCGAGUGGUGUGGAUAGGGCCACUCUUAGGGCUGCCCAGCCAGUGUUCGAUAAAGUCCUGAGAGAUGAGAUCACAAACAGGUUAAUCUUGCAAGAAAGAGGCAUGAAAAUUGUGCACCAGCCUGAUAUACCUAAGCCAAAAAAUACUGGUCGUCGCAGAAGACGAAAUAGAACAUUCAUACAAGAAGAAUGUGAAUACUGUAGAGCUACACUGUUCUUCUCUAAGGUAACCGGUUUAGUGCGUAACUCAUAUUUGUGUUUAGAACACGCACUAAAUAUACUAAACGUUAAGAAGAUGCCGAUUACUGAGGACGUUCAGAUCAUUACGAAGGUAACUAUAGAAGAACUAAAUCAUGUCAACGAUGAUAUGAAAAGACGUAUCGAAAAUGGCGAGGAGUCAGCCCCUUCAGACUCCGAUGAUUAACUACAGUUUAUAAUUGUUUUUUGAAAAGCA